GUUAAAUGCAUCACAUGACGUGCACGAAUCGAAUAUGCAGCAUCUAGUAUCUGGCUCGCUUGGUUGAUUGUGCUCGAAAACUUCGCGAACUUUUCACCAACCGUGCCCGUAGCAUUAUUUCAGAAGUGGUUGUUUCGCUAUGUGGAUGUCUGGAUUUUGUACGGGCCUAACCUCAAGUAAAACUGUCUAGGUCAGUUUUUCUGUCUGCCAGCGAAGAUUGGCAGACCAGCCCUUUCAGUUCCAUGUUGUGAAAAGCUGAAGUUUUUGAGUAGAGUAUCCACAGUUAACUUCAUUUUCAUUCAGUUCGUGCUGGGCUAGACAUUGGCUGCUGAGCUGGGCUAGCGUUCAAACUACUGAGUGUAGUGCGUGACUGUGUCCUGCGAAAGAUGUCUGCUACAGGAGAGAAGAGAGAACACCUGUACAAGGUGUUAGUCAUAGGAGAUCUCGGCGUGGGUAAGACCAGCGUCAUUAAGAGAUACGUCCACCAGUUCUUCUCACAGCACUACAGGGCCACGAUCGGGGUUGACUUUGCCCUGAAAGUCAUCAAUUGGGAUGCCGACACACUCAUACGCCUGCAGUUGUGGGACAUUGCUGGCCAGGAGAGGUUUGGCAACAUGACGCGAGUGUACUACAAGGAGGCAGUUGGGGCAUUUAUUGUCUUCGACGUGACAAGAGUGUCAACAUUUGAGGCUGUUGCGAAGUGGAAGCACGACUUGGACAGUAAAGUGCAACUGGCCAAUGGAAGUAACAUACCUGUGGUAUUACUAGCCAAUAAGUGUGACCAAGCGAAGGAAGGGUUGGUCAACAACAGUGCACAGAUGGAUGAGUACUGCAAAGACAAGGGUUUCAUCGGCUGGUACGAAACCUCUGCCAAAGAGAACAUCAACAUUGACGAGAGUGCCAGAUUCCUCGUCACCUCGAUCCUUGCCAAUGACAAAUCCAUCAGCCACGAUGACAAGGAUAUUGAUGCAGACAAGCUGACAUUAGACCCCACCCAAGAAGGGGCAAAUGGUAGCAAAGGGUCAUGCUGCUGACAGCCAGGCCACCUCCGUUCCUUCCUCCCCACCUUUAGCCCCUCCCACCAACAGGUAACUAUUACCUUUAGCCAGGCCUUAUUUCCCCUAGCAGCUGGAAUAACUACUGGGGCUGUGACAGUUGGCGCGAUUCGUUUUCCACUGCAUCUCACAGUGCCAAAGUCACAGCUACUGCAUGCGGUGCCAGCAUCAAGUUUCUAUGCAAAUUUAUUAUUAGCAUGAAUAUGUGAAUAUAUGCCAGAGUUUGCAUAUGCAUAGUGCAUACAAGCAUUAUGCCAUUGCAUCCUAUCUGUGGUUAUUUAGGCCCAAAUUAUUCCAUGGAUAAACUUGUAACAUUGCUGAGCAAGUUUUUAACUUCUUCACUUCCUGUAUUAAGAGAGCAUCGGGUACAUGUAACUGAAGAAAUGUUUGGAAGUUUUUCAGGUGUUACUCCAGUAUCUUGGUUUAAUAAGAAAUGUAUUUAAAAUCUAAAGCAGUUUACAUCCUUGGGAAUGUAAGGAAAUGCACCUUGUUGGAGUUGUUUUUUGUAAUUUAUGAUGUUGACUUGAGUAGUAAAUGAGUUAUGAAAAACCUGAUUUUUGUUGGUUCCCAAACUAACCUCUUUUAGUUGCAUUACGGUUUUAGAUGGGUUGUUAAAAAGUCACACUAAAAGACUGAUUUCCAAAGGUACCGGUAGGUUCCACUUAAAGAGUUAAACAAAAUUUAUUUUCUCAAGAUGAAACCAACUUUGUUUAGUUACCGUAUUUAGGAAGUCUUCCAGAAAAUUUAUCGGUUCUUGUAGGCUAAUUUUUCAGUAAGCUCAGUUGGUGUGCUGAAUUCCUUCUUAAAAUACAAACAAUUACCCUCUUCAUUUUUCAACAUAUCUGACAUCACUGAAAACAGAGUUUUUCCAUCCCUUCACAGCUAAUACUAACUAGACGGGGCAUGUUUGUUGUAGUUACAAACUUGGGAUGAUUGAACUAUAUCAAUUUCCAGUGUGAUGACGUGACAGAAUUUGGACACGUCAUCAGAAAUCCAUCUCAUCUCGUUACUCUGGGCAAGAAGCACCUGUAUAUUAAAUGACGAAGUCACAUCAAGAAGAAACCUAUCAUCUCAGAAUUGUCCCCUUUAUAACUUCUAGGAUAAUUGCAUCAUUAUUUUGAAACUUUCACACAAUAAGUUGUGUCUAACGAGAGCUAUUUGUCCACUUCCAUUAAAAUAUAGCAAACAAUUCUCAAAUGUAAAUUGUAAUUGUCUGUUAUGUUUCACAAGUGGGUGCCCUUUCAUGUUAUCAGCAGUCCUUGUACAGUGCUCAGUAUACAGCUAGCUCUUAACAUUUUAGUAAUUAGGUCGUGUGUCAAGAAAGCGUUCUGUUUCUGGUUUUAAUCCCAUCUUAUUGCACUUCAGUUACCCGUGAAGUUAAGUUCACAUUUACAUGUACCAUUGCCAAUUUGCCAUCACUAAUGCUGCCCAAAUUACGGUCUACCAGGCUAGAUAGGAAUCUGCUACCUCGUUCAUUUCUUUGAAGUUUGAUCUUGCAUUGCUUGUAAUCUGAUACCAGAUGAUGUCACAGUGACUUUAUGAGAGCAGAUAUGCCUGUGUAUCUGUAUUUCAACAUCAAGGUUUGUUAGAAUGAGAUUCCACUGUUUGGAAGAUAUUGACCGUUGUGUUGAUUUACUGUUUUUCUAAGCAUUCAAACCAAUAAGUGUACCUGAAUAUUGACCCUUUAUUAACGUUAACCCCGGAAACAAAGGUCAGACAACUUUGACAUCUUCAUAUAACAUUGUUGCCCAACUCAAUAUCUAUCAGAUCCCAAAAUAUGAGCAUCAUAUCUGUAUAACUUAAGUUCAUGGGAUAAACAUGUACAUGUAGGUGAUAGAAGUUGGGUUUUGGGGGGCAACUUAAAUCACUUGUACUGUAUUGGAUGGCAUCAUUGUGACAUCACACUUGCAUGCAAGUCUAGAGAUCAUGGUUGAUGGUCGUUUCAGUUUUCAAGUCGGUGUACGUCCAAUGUAUUAGAGAAAAGCUGCAAAGAAUUACAUUAUCCUUCCUCCCCCCCGCCCCAAAAAGGGAAGAAAAGGAUGGACCACAACAAACCCAAUACACGUAGAUAACCAGGCAGUGCCUAAUCACACAAAUAUUAAUAAUUAUUCACAUUUACCGGUAUGUAGUCUGCAGAAGACCUAAAUUGUACAAAUUUAGAAAAGACUGGUUACCUGUACUUGUAUGUGAUACCCAGUAUAUUCAUAUCAGAUGUUAUUGUGGAGGGUACAUUUAUACAUGUCAACUCAAGGGGUGAAAUUCAACAUGUUCAAGGCACCUUUCUGGGAUGGACAGUCUACCUUAACGUAUCUUGGUCAUGUUAAAGAUGAAUACCAUAACGUUUGGAGUUGAAACAGUUGAUGUCAUGGGUAUUGCUUGCAUUUGUUUUACAGUACAUACAUGGGGGCCUUUCAAUGAACCAUCUGACCUGCCGUAUGUCCACCCACCACUGUUGUUGGCAAAAACUGCAGCACCGUACACAGUGUUUAGGCUGUAUGGAAAUCUUUAAGCUUUUAGACGUACAUGUAUAUGACCAGAGUGGGGCAAAAUCACGCAGCCUGUGCCCAAAUCAGCGUGAUAAUGACAACCCUACACAGCACAUGUGCAGACCUGCCAAUCUAGUCGUACUCCUUCCUGAGGUCAGGCAUUACAACACAAUAGAUUAAAAGGUAUUUUAAAUAAGCCUUCAGUUCAUUUAAAUCUACUGUCCAGUAAUGCCUAACCUCAGGAAGGAGUAGGGCAUGUCAGCAGGUGGUGAUUAUUAUACAUGUUUAUGUAUCUUUUGGUAAAGUGUUCACAGUUACUGUAUCUUGGGCAAACCUACAUGUAAGCCUCACUGUCUAGUUUACAAUGCACAUUUACUAACCAGAUGCUUCUCUGCUGCAAAGCUGAUUGAUCGGUGUGGUCACAUCAUAAAUAUACAUCUUUUGCUUGGACCCUAUUGGGAAAGUUCCCCCCCCCCUGCAUUGUUUCUCUGACAGCAAUGAGCAUCUUGUUUAAAAAUAGUUUCUCAGAGGAGAAAACAUAUCUACAUACAUGUAUACAUUGCAAAUUUCCCCAAAGUGAGAGUGUACUCGUAGGACCUGUUUGUCCUGGAAGUAAGCAUACAUGUAAAUUGUACCGGUAGCAUAUGAAAAAAAGAAUGCAUUUACAGUGUACAGCUGUGAAGAGUAAUCAAAUUUUGAGCAUGGGACCAAAUUGGUUUAAGGCAUGUUUUAAAAGGGGGGCCUGAGAUUUCCAGGCAAAACUGAUUCUUUGAACUCUUCAUUUUCUGAGAAAGCUGUUUAAAAACGAGUGAAGCUGCAAAUGGUGGCAAAUGGGUGUCCUGCCUUCAUCUGGCUGUGUAUAAGGAUGGGAUAUAAAAGGUGGCGGAUGAAUAACGUUGGAAGGUUGUUAGGUUGAUAAAAGAUGGUGCUUGAAAAUUUGCUUCCUUUGCGCAAUUUGUCGGCUUUCUGAGGACUAGCUCCCUGCCCUAAAGAUUCUGACAAACUAAAUAUCACUCAGGUAGCCAGCCACCAGUGUCAGGUGACUCCCAGUUCUGGUAAUUGCCAGUUUUUCAAAUGAAUUUUCAACAUUCAGCAUUGAGUAACUAGGUUUGAAAUGUACUCAACAUUAUUCCUGCCUUGUGCUUUGCUGAUCUUGCAAUUUUUUGGGGGGGGGGUUGAGGAUGGUGGCUACCUGACAAAGAAGUCAUGGAACCAUUAGGUCAGGGAACCAGACCAGGCUGUCUGACUAUUUAAAAAAAAUGUGUUUGAGUUCCUUAAUGACAACUGACAUUAGUUUGUUGAUUGUACCAGAUAUGAGAUUUUUAAUAUUAAUGGUAUUUUUAUCAAGAGUGCAUGAAAUGUAGAGUAAGAUUCACAGAAUUUAUAACUUACACAGUCAACAAUGAUUUAACAGCGUUUGCUGGAGUUGGAGGACAAACAAAUCGGGCAGUUUAUCCACAUACAAUGCACAUCAGGCUCUGCAAACUAUGAGUAAUGAAAACAGUCAUCUGUUUACUCAUCAUUACCAGAACUUUGGAAAUUUAGGGAAAUGCUUCGAAAAAGUGAGUAGGAGAUAUCGAGUGCAACCACACUUGAAAUUUUGCUCUGGAGUUGCAAGAGCCAGUGCUGUGACUGCUGGUAACCAAUAAGAUCAGAAUACAUGUACAUGUACUUACCAGUCCCAACCAAUCACAAUAGUUCUACCUUGCCUGCACCUCUUAUCCGGGGGAGGGAUGUCUUUUAUUUGUCACCAGUUCUGAAGAACUUUUGAAACACCUGCACUAAAUUAUUACAAGCAGACAUGGGAAAUGGUAUCUAUAGAUGCAUUGUGUAGAUCACUGUCCUUGAUUCUCGACAAAUUUGGGAAAUCAGAUCUUGUUACCAUAAUUUCAUUCCUGCAUUCCAGGUUCUUUUCCAACUCUACAGCUCUGCAGUUUGACAAUGUGAAAUGUUUAAAUUUGAAGCUCUUUUGUAUUGUGAAUAGAAUUUGUAAGAGUGCUUAUUUUGAUAAAUACCAAGAUGUACAAUUCUUUCCUUUUCUGGCAUAAUUUAGUUUUUAUAACAUACCAUUGCAAUUAUGAAAAUGGAGGGAAAAGUCCUCUUAAUUUGUAAAGUAGUAUUUCUUUUUCACAAGACCGAAAUUCAUUGAGUGAUGAGUAAGAAAAGGGAAAUCUCACAAUAGGGAGAGUUUUUAUUAUCUCGUGACCGUAAAAAUAUACCUGUAUCAGAUUUUGGAAGAUGUACACACAAAAAGAAUGUACCAGUAGGGUUGACUUGAAACAUACAUGUAAGCAUUCAGAGAAGGGAAAAAAUGAAAACGUCAUUCGACAGUAGAUAAAAUCACUUCAAAAUGACUAUUCUGCCUGAUUUUCAAUGAGAAAUAACUGUUUUCAAGUUGGUGUUUUGUACAGUUGUAUGCAGAAAAGUGUUCUUGGAAACAAGUACCUUAUCUCCACUGUAAAAUGCACCAUUGUAAGGGCCCCAAUUGUUCAUGCCUUUUGAUCACACCGUAUUUAAGUGAUGACCAGAUCAAAACCAAUGAGGGAGUUACUAUUUUUGAAAUGCCUAUGUUAAGGUGAAAUUAACAAGGUGAAUAAAAAUCGCGUAAUGUAAAAUAUGCAAGUUCUGAUGUGCAUGUAUUUGUAAUUCUUGGAAUUUCCAAUACACCUCAUUCAUACUCUUA